AUAAAUACCCAAACCCCAACUGGUCUCUCUUCUCUCUUUCAAUUCGUAACGUAAAACCCGGAGCUAGCUCCUUGUCCGAUACUUUCCCUUUUUGUUUCGUGUUACAUUUCGGAUCCCCAACCCGAUAUUUCUAUAUUUCCUCCCUUCUUCGAGUUCUCCGUUCCAUAUUUAUCUCCCUUUCCUUCCUUCUUUCUUUUAAUCCCAUUUUCUUUGAUUCUUCACUACAAUCUAUAUAUUUUUGACGGUGGGUGAUGAUAUUAUUAGCAGCAAAACACAAAAGAGAUUGGUUUCAGUUACUUUUUUGAACCAAAGCAAGCUCAACAGACAACAGAGUUCUCACUCUAUUGCCUUCUAAUCAGACAAGUUGUUGAUUGCAGGGGUAAAAAGUUAAAGAGCGAAGAAUAAUAAAUAAAUAAAAAUGUUUACAUGCAUAGCAUGCUCAAAACCAGAGGAUGGUGGUGAUGAUGAAGGAGGAGUGCGUGGCAGUGGCACCCCAAGUACAAAAGAAGCCGUCAAAAGCCUGACUGCGCAGAUAAAGGAUAUGGCAUUGAAAUUUUCUGGUGCUUAUAAGCAAUGCAAGCCCUGCACUGGCUCCAGCAGCUACAAGAGAGGCCAGCGCCCUUACCCAGACUUUGAUACUGCUUCAGAAGGGGUUCCAUACCCCUAUCUUGGAGCAGCAAGCUCGAGUUCCACACCUGCAUGGGAUUUUACAAGUUCUAGUCACCAUCCUACUACAAGAUCUGACUCAAGAUUUACUGGGGUAUUUAGAGGUGACCAGACCCCUGGAGGGAUGUCUAUAUCUGCGCAGUCUUGUGAUGUGGUGCUUGAGGAUGAGGAUGAGCCUAAGGAGUGGAUGGCACAGGUGGAGCCUGGUGUUCACAUUACUUUCGUGUCUCUACCUAAUGGUGGAAAUGAUCUUAAACGAAUUCGUUUCAGCCGAGAGAUGUUCAAUAAAUGGCAAGCUCAGCGAUGGUGGGGUGAGAAUUAUGAUCGGAUCAUGGAGCUUUACAAUGUCCAGAGAUUCAACCGGCAAGCUCUUCACACUCCUCCAAGGGCGGAUGAUGAGAUGCUUGUACUCUUCAACAGCCUAGAGAUUCUACAUACACAAAGCUGGGAUCAGCAAGGGGGAGCCCUGUUGCUUCAUCAUUCAACAAGGAGUGGACACCAAGGAACCACUAUAGACCGUCUGGAAGUAAAGGGUAUUAUCCAUCUGACCCUAUGGAUCAAGGUGGUGGGCACAAUUACAAUGCAGGAUCAAGUGCGUAUGGUAUGGGGACAUCAUAUAUGGAUGCAUCACGGACGACAACCUCAUCUAGGGAUGAGGCUUCAGUUUCCAUUAGCAAUGCCAGUGACCUGGAGACAGAAUGGGUUGAGGAAGAUGAACCUGGGGUGUACAUUACCAUCAGGCAGUUAGCUGAUGGUACUAGGGAGCUUCGGCGUGUCAGGUUCAGCCGUGAAAAGUUUGGGGAGGUGCAUGCAAAGCUGUGGUGGGAAGAGAACAGAGAAAGAAUACAAACUCAGUACCUUUAAAAUUUUGAUUUAAAUGACAUACAUUACUACAGAUGAGAGUAAAGAAGUCAGGGAGCAUGUGGAUGUCUCAAACAGGUGGAAUCAUUAAACUUUGUUUCUUGGAAUAUGACAGUAUGAAUCCAUAUGCUGUAAUAGAGCCUUUAUAGAGAAUUGUACCAAACCACCACAAGUGGUGGUUAAAAGUUAAAACUGAGUUAACAUUACUUCAUCAAACACGUAGCAUAUGAGCUAUCAUCACUAGUGGUGAUGGCUCCAUUUUGUGUAAAGGCUCUUUUCACUGAGAUGUCCAAAUGAGUCCUUUUUUGUCCCUGUAUUUGUUCUUAUGAUUAUUAUCACCUAUUAGUGAUUUUUUUAGGGCCUCCUUUUGCCCACUUAAGACUUUCAAGUCUUUGGGCAUCAUGGCCUUAUUUGGCUCUCCAAUUAUAUACCAGAGUUUGUUAUUUGUUAUA